GACGAAAUAUUUUAAUAGUUAGGCAAUAUUGAAUUGUUAGGACAAGUGAUUAGAGUAAAAAUGAAAUUCGCUGCAUUUGCUUUCGUCGUGGGUUUGUGUCUAGUGGCAGUAACUGCCAAUGCCUCUGGUAACUUCGGAUUUGAACAUGAGGACGUUGAAGACUAUGAAUUUGUUGCCCAGGAAUUAGCUGAAGAAAUUAUGGAAAUUGAACCCCAGGGUCUGUUCUCUGGCAUGUACUUUGUCCUGAAGAAGGUAUUGAGAACUCUCAAGGGUCUCAAUUGCACCAUUAAGGAAGUUAUAGUUAUUCGUGGCGCUGCCAACAAAUUUGUCGAUGAUGUUAAAGCUUGUGGCGGUGAAGUAUCCAAGAAGGUACAAACCCUAAUUGAUGCCUGUAAUGACAUAAUCGAGACCUGUAAGGCUAUUUUGGGUAUUAACGAAACCAUUUGCGGCAAUAAAGGUGAAGAAGACGAGAUUACAUCUCGUACUUGGCAUGUUGUUUCUGGUGCUCAAAAUGGUCACAAAUGUUUUGUUAACAUGUUCCGCAAACUGCAGACUUUGAACAAACAAAUUAAACGUGCUGUGAAAUUGAUUAAACAAAUCAAGAAUGUUCCCGGUGAUUCUAGCAAAUGUGUCCUUGAUGCCGUCGACACUUUGGAAAGCCAUUUCAUUCAAUUCCCAACCAAUAUUAAAACUUGCUCUAAAUUGGUCAGUAAUAAGACCGCUUAAACAUUUCGACAAAUAGAAACUAAAUUAUAUUGAAUGUAACUAUUAAUUAUUCAAUUUAAU